AUGGAAAACAUGCUGAUAGCCGAAGAGUUGACAUAUGACAAGGAACGGUGGAUGACAGAGCAUGAAAUGUUGGUAACACAAUUGACGAACGAGCAUAAGAAUGUCUACGAAUUUGUGAUGAAUGAUAUUGAUUCUAAUGGAUGUGAAUUGUACUUUGUGUAUGGUUACAGAGGAAUAGGCAAGACGUUUGUGUGGAGAACGUUAUCAUCAAAGAUAAGGAGCCGCGGUGACAUUGUUCUCAACGUUGCUUCGAGUGGAAUAUCUUUGCUCUUGCCGGGAGGCAAGGUGACGCAUUCCAGAUUUGCUAUACCACUCUCUUUGAAUGAAGAUUCCACGUGCAAUACAUCGCAAGGCAAUAACCUUGCUGAGCUUAUAAUAAGGAGCAAAUUGAUAAUAUGGGACGAAGCACCAAAAACCAUGAGGGAUCUAUCGAGGUUCGCCAUACCGGGUAGUGCUGAAAAGAUAUUUUGUGGAAAGACAGUAGUUUUGGGCGGCGAUUUUAGAAGGAUUCUUCCCGUUAUUCUGAAAGAAAUGAGACCAAUAGUUGUCGGAGCCACAAUUAAUUCUUCUUACCUCGGACAAAUUGUAAGGUAUUGA